CUUCAACUUCAAUCCUGGUAAGGUAAUCUCAAUCCUUUAGCCAGAUUGAGUUUGAAUGUAUCUUGCAUGUGUCCGGAUCAGAUAGAUAGCAACAUACAAACCUUAUCAGCCUGAUCAAUCACUUUCUCAUUUUGGUGAUUGCCAUCACUCAUCAUUCACAGAAUAACUCAUUGCAAGAUCUAUCUCAACGACAGGCAUGGAUCAGCAUCAUUUUCAAGAAAAUUACUCUGGUCGAAAUCCUGUUCCUACCAUUCAAAAAUACGAGGCGAACAUACUUGCUCAGCAAAGGGGGGCUAAUUCUGACGAGGUACCAGAGACCACCACGGACGUCAACAAAAGCUAUACCAUGGAUCCGAUCAAGACGUCCCCAGGACGACAUCAAACUUCCACCGAGACGCGUGUGAAUGAUGAUGAUAAGCCUGUGCAUAAGACUGAGGAGGGUACAGAUGUCAAGGUAUCUGAAAAGGAAGAGAUCAUGGAGCGCAUGUCUCGCUCGAAAGAAAACCCUACCAAGGCACUCAAACUCCAUGGCGAGCGUACUGUGAAAGAUCCUGUCACAGGAAGUGAUGUGGUUAUCAGUGAUGCUAAAUCUGAUCCAAAAGAUGCCGAAAAGACAUACUCUCUAAAUCCUGCCACGGCGAAUGAAAAGUCUGCCGAGGGUCACCGUGCCGACCGCACAGCGCCCAAUCCUAUCACCCCUGGAAAUAUUUGCCUACAACCGUUCCCUCCUCCAGUGGGAUCGAACGUGAUGUCAACACUCGGAGAGAUUAGCACCAAGAUAUCUUCUAUUUUUCUCAUCAGUCUUGGAAUUCUGUGGCUAGCUACAGCCUUUGGUCACGGUUUUUGGUCAUGGCUAUGGAAGACAAGUCUAAUCUCAGUUGUCGCGAUCGUUUCUUCUUCUCAAGUGGGACUCAUGACACGCAGAUUAGAAAAAGAGAUAGAGCAGGUACGUUACGAAAUGCACCGACAAAGGGGUAUACAACACUCUCCUCCAACUCCAGAGUCUACAGAGUGGCUAAACGCAUUCAUCUCUACAUUUAUGGGCCUGAUCAAUCCUGAAAUGUUUUUACCAAUCGCUGAUACUAUUGAAGAUGUCAUGCAAGCAUCACUGCCAAGUUUUGUUGAUGCGGUGAAAGUUUCAGAUAUUGGACAAGGCGAUACGCCAUUCCGAAUUCUUGCUAUGCGAGCACUUCCAGACAAGCCCGGUGAUCGUGAAUAUCCACGAGAAGAGUGGAUCACGGGCGAAAAUCCAGAUGAUCCCAAGAGUAAUGAUCUCGAAGCCCAUAAGCAAGAAGAACAAAGUGGAGACUAUAUCAAUUAUGAGGUAUCAUUUGCUUACCAAGCGAAGCCUGGAAAGUCUGAUAAACUUAGAUCUCACAACAUUCAUCUGAUGAUAGAGUUUUUCAUUGGAUUGUACGAUUGGCUCCACAUUCCGAUCCCAGUUUGGAUUCAAGUUGAUGGACUAGCGGGUACAGCACGGCUAAGACUCCAAAUGAUACCUGACACUCCUUAUAUACGCAAUCUGACCUUUACCAUGAUGGGGGUUCCCAAAAUCGAAGUGUCCGCCAAACCCAUGGUCAGAGCGAUUCCCAACAUAUUGGACUUACCAAUCAUCUCAGGAUUUGUCCAAAGCUCGAUUGCGGCCGCUUGCGCUGAAUAUGUUGCCCCUAAAUCGAUGACGAUAAACGUCCAAGAGAUGUUGUCUGGGUCAGGAGUUAAAGAAGUCACACACAACCUGGGGGUUAUUGUCAUCACUAUCCAUCACGCCUCGGAUCUGUCUGCACAAGACUCGAAUGGAUUGUCCGAUCCAUAUAUAGUCUUAGCUUAUGCUAAAUUUGGGAAACCGUUGUAUUCGACAAGAAUCAUCACUGAAGAACUGAACCCUGUAUUCGAAGAGACUGCGUUCUUAUUGGUUUCAGAAGAUGAGUUACGAGCUAACGAGGAUGUUAGUGUCAUGUUGUGGGACUCUGACGAAAGAUCUGCCGAUGACUUAGUCGGACGCGUCCAACUUCCUGUAGCUGAGAUUAUGAAAAACCCUAAUAAAUCAGAGCGUAGAACAGACAAACUUAGGGGGUUUCAAGACGCCGAUGGCAUGCCAGGCUCGUUGACGUGGUCGGUCGGAUACUAUUCGAAAGCUACGUUGGAGGCUGGAUUACAGAAGAAUGUGAUUUCUGACUCAGCUCAUGACCCCGUACCGCGUGGCGAGCCAGCUGGUCCUAAAACACCUGCGAAACAUAUGCAUGUUUCCACUACCAAUACCCCGCCGCCACAGAGGUGGAAGUCGGGAAUCUUGUCGAUUAUUAUUCAUCAUAUCAAUAAUCUCGAACGUGCCAACUUGAAAGGAGCUAGUGGAAGUGAUCGCGAAGGCAAUGCAGGUCAAGAUACCGCGGACGCGAGUGAACAUGACGAUAAUCUUCCAAGUGGGUACUGUGAAAUCAUUGUCAAUGAUCUGAUGAUCUAUAAGACGCGUGUCAAGCAAUAUACGACCAUGCCUUUCUUCGAGGCCGGUACUGAAUAUUUCAUUCGAGACUGGACUGAGACUGUGGUUCGGAUCGCUGUCAGAGAUUCACGCUUGCGGGAGAAAGAUCCAUUAUUGGGUGUCAUCAAUAUUGACCUUGAAGAUUUAUUCGACAAAUCUGGCUCUUCUCAAGUCAGCCAGUUGUUCUCUUUACAAGAAGGCGUCGGUUUCGGUCGCGCGCAAAUCUCUGUCCUCUUUCAACCUGUGCAAUUGGAUCUUCCCAAAAAUUUACGUGGCUGGGACACCUCGACACUUGAGAUCACCUCCGAAAUAGUUGCGCAAGUCUCAGAUGAGUUGGCUGCAGAGUUCCGAAAGAAGAAAAAAUUAAGACUCAAAACUUCAGAAGACACUAACAAAAGCGGAUACCAAGAUUAUGAUCAGACCUUGAUUCGAAUCCCGAUUUACGAUCGCUACAAAUCACGCGUAUCGUUUGAGAUUGGUAGGAGUGGGGUGGUUAGUACGCUAGCCGCCUUAUUACCAACUGAAAAACUUCAUCUCGCGGUCUUGUGGCUUUAUACUUUAGAAGAUGAUGUAGAGACAGAGAUCAAACUGCCAAUCUUGUCAGGAAAGAAAUUGAAAAAACUUAGACAGAAUGUGAUUGGCGACCAAACGAAGGCUACGCAUGAAUACGAGAUUUGUGGCUACUUGACAUUCAAAGCAAGACUUGACCCUGGUCUAGAUCCGGAUCAUGAAAAGUAUUCUCAAAGUGCAGUUGCACGUCACACAUUUGAAGCUUAUGAUAACACCGAAGGACAAGCAGAAAAAUCUACCCGAAAUGCACAUGCAUUAGAACAUAAGCAAACGGACCAUAGAAAAUCUAAUGAUACGAUCGAAGAAGCACAUACCAAAGCAUUGAACUCAAGACAUCGAGGUAAAAUGCAAUUUGGACCUGUUAGAACGACUGUUUGGAUGAAAGAAGGAAUUGGAAAAAGGGCAAGAGAAUUGAAGAAUCGAAUUUCUGGAAAAAUCCAAAAAGAACGUAAGUACUGA